CGGCUGGCCCCCCCCACGUUAACCCCUCAGUGGCUGCAGGCUGGCGGGGAGCUGCGUGGGGAGCAGGUUAUUGGGCGGGGGGAAGGAAGCGGCAGAGCUGAGGAGGGGAUCUUGGGGAGGAAGGGACCUGGGAUUAGCCGAGGACGGGCAGCAGGGCCGGUGGUGAAAGGGAAGCGAGCAAUGGGGUGCCCGCCCUGUGGAAGUUAAGAAUCUGGACUUUCACCUUUUACCGGAAAACGAACUCUUUUGGUGCCAGGCCCCAGACGGCGCAGAAGAGGGGUUGGGGGUAAGGGAGUCUGCCCUCCCUGGCUAAAUCCCCCCUCUGCCCCACACAAAACCUGGCCUUGAUCUUGGCAGGUCCUGGAGGAGAGUGGAAACUCCUCCCCAGCCAGGUGUCGGGGGUGUUUGAUUCCCAUGGGCUGGCGCUUGGUGCUGAUGCGGGCAUUUCCUCUACCCCCUUGGACCUUGGCCUGGAGCUCAGGAGCCCUUCCUGUCACCCCUGUCCUCCUCCCUCAAGAGUCGUGGGCACCUGGUUCCAGCGCAUAUGCGCCUGGAGACACCUGCCUUCCCUCCCCCUUGUCCCAGGUCUGGUCCUGAGCAAUGGGUGGUGACAGGCUGGUCCUUGCUGCAGGCAGAGUCUCUGGCAGAGUAGCAUGGUUCCGAGUUCUCAUUCCCCAGGUGGGGUUAGGGUCGCUCCAUCAGUUGUUCCGGACCAGGUGUCGGCGGGGUCCUAAGAAGUGGAGUCGUGCCCUCUGAGGUGGGAGUGGAGGUAGAGGCAGACAACAAACAAGAUGAUUUCAGAUUCUGGGGAUGCCAUGAAGAAAACUCAGUGGUGGUGGGGGGCUGCUACCUCAGAGAGGGUGGUCAGGGAAGGCCUCUCUCCAAUGUCCCAGACUGAAGGGACAGCAGGGACAAAGACGUGGCAAUGGGGAGACUGUGCCUGGAGCCAGUGAGUGAGGAAAUGAGAGGACCCUGUGGGCCCAGGAGGGAUCUGGGCUUCAUUCUGAAAGCAGUGGGGGCUCCUGAAAGCCCCGUGGAGAGUGUUAAAUAAGGCAGAGUCUUGCUUCCCCAAAGCUAUGGGGCUAUGAGCCCCAUAGCGCCCUGGGUUUUCUGAGCACUGUCAGCUGGGGACCAGGGCCUGUGGCCAGGCUGGCUGAUUUGUCCACCCAUUGCAGCUAGUAGUGGCCCCCUCCGACCCUCAGGGUUCUCCUUUAUAAAAUGGGGUAAUAAUUCUAUGUCACAAGGUGAUGCUUGGCCCCACCUGCUGUCAUCCUGCCUUCCCCCCCUACAGGCCCAGCCACCCCUUGCCCAGAAUGCCCGAGGGCCCCGAGCUGCAUCUGGCCAGUCUCUAUGUGAACGAGGCGUGCAAGGGACUGGUGUUUGCCGGGUGUGUGGAGAAGUCACCUGUCAGCCGCAACCCCGAGGUGCCGUUUGAGAGCAGCGCGUACUGCAUCUCCUCCUCGGCCCGUGGCAAGGAGCUGCGCCUGACUCUGAGCCCCCUGCCUGGGGCCCAGCCCCCACAGGAGCCACUGGCCUUGGUCUUCCGCUUUGGCAUGUCUGGCUCCUUCCAGCUGGCGCCCCGGGACGCACUGCCGGCCCAUGCCCACCUGCGCUUUUACACAGCUCCCCCUGGCCCCCCACUCGCCCUCUGCUUCGUGGACAUCCGCCGCUUUGGCCAUUGGGACCUCGGGGGCGAGUGGCAGCCCGGCCGCGGGCCUUGUGUCUUGCUGGAGUAUGAGCAGUUCAGGGAGAACGUGUUACGAAACCUAGCGGACAAGGUCUUUGACCAGCCCAUCUGCGAGGCCCUCUUGGACCAGAGGUUCUUCAAUGGCAUUGGCAACUAUCUGCGGGCAGAGAUCCUGUACCGGCUGAGGAUACCCCCUUUUGAGAAGGCCCGUAAGGUUCUAGAGGAGCUGCAGCAGCGCAGGCCGAGCCCGGAGCUGACCCUGAGCCAGAAGAUCAGGGCUAAGCUGCAGAACCCAGACCUGCUGGAACUGUGUCACUCCGUGCCCAAGGAAGUGGUCCGGCUGGGGGGCAAAGGAUACGGGCCGGAGCACGGGGAGGAGGACUUUGCUGCCUUCCGAGCAUGGCUGCAGUGCUAUGGCGUGCCUGGCAUGAGCUCCCUGCGGGACCGGCGUGGACGGACCAUCUGGUUCCAGGGGGAUCCUGGACCCCUGGCCCCGAAAGGAGGCAAGUCCCGUAAGAAGAAAUCCAAAGGAGCACAGCAGGGGCCUGAGCACAGACUGGAGGACCCUCUCGUUCCAAGCACAGCCCCUUCCAGGACACGUGGGACACCCAGAGGCCCUCCUGGUCAAAGUACAGCCCAGCAGCCAGAGGGGACCAGCCUCCAGCAGGACCCAGAGGUCCCGCCAGUCCCUGGGAAGGCAAAAAGGAGAAGGAGACCAGCAACCUCAGAAGGUCUGGGAAGCCCAACUUGGGACAAGCUGUUGCCUGACCUUGGAAACAGGAGAGCCACCCAGGCAAGGCCGACUGAGCCCCUCCACCCGUCUUCCAGGCCCUGGCUCUUAGAGGACUGCCUGCCUCUGCAGGUACAGCCGCUUGGAGGUGGUGUAGAGACCCGGGCCCCAGGCAGCAGGGGGCCCCCCCAGUUCCUCGCGACCAGAAUUCCCAGCACUGCCAUUCGCCCAUGCUUCCUCUUGCUCCUCUUCUAGAGGGCAGCCAGCUGGAAUCCACCCUCCUGGCCUCCUCCCCAUGGGAGGAGCUUCUUAGCCCGUCUCUUAGCCAGGUUGUGGUCCCUGAUAUCCCAAAUCCCAGGGGGCGCAGCAACCCAGACCCUGCACAAAUGCCUGGGGAAAAGUCUUCCUCCUUGAGGCUAGGCCCCGAGGGGAGUGAGCAGGGACUACUGCUAGCAGGUUCCUGAG